UUUACAUCAUACCGUUUUCAGCAAAUCACGUGCUCCUGGAGGUCUAUACAAUACAUGCUACGUAUUAAAACCAACUAUCACACUCCGUUCCAUGAGUAUGUGACUUGUUAUUGUCUCGAGAAAGGCUUGGACCAAGAUUGACCGGUUUUGACAUGCAUGUCUACAAUCUCGUCGUAUUUCUGUGCUGUGCGGUGGCAACUGUAGGACUGACAGAAGGCAGGCUCCGGCGCACGAGACGCGGCGCCUGUGAAUACGGGACUUACCAGCAUGAGGGAAACACUUGCUGUCUUUGUCCCACAGGUUACCAGGUCUUAAAUCACUGCACAGAUAAACCUGAAACACAUUGUGAGAGGUGUGAGGAUGGUGCCUAUAUGGAUCACCCAAACAGUGAUCACAAAUGCCAGCCUUGUAAAGUCUGUGAUUCCAAUGCAAACAUGGACACGAAGGAGAGAUGUUCACCGUUUUACAACACUGUCUGCUGGUGCAAGGAAAAUUAUUACUGUGACAAGCGUGACCAGUGCAAGGCCUGUUCUCCCUGUGACAUGUGUGAGAAACUUGGAGUUAAACAACAAUGCACAAAAACCAACAACACUGUGUGCCAUGAUGCCAUACAUCCACAAUCCACAAGCACAGGGACCAUUGUAGCUGUUUCGGUGUUGCUCAUACUUUUGGCUGGUGUUGGUGUGCUGGUGUUUUGGCUAUGGAGAAAACACAAGCUUUGUUUUAAGGAUGAACAGAGCAAAGAUGCAAUAAAUCAUGAGGAAGGCCUUCACCUGAAAGAUUUAGAGCUGAACCCUGACCUGGCAGAAAUUGCUGAUGUUCUGGGCUGGAAAACAAUGAAACGUGUUGCCCAGCGGAGUGGCGUGAGCAAAACUGAUAUUGAGGAACAUGAGCUUAAUCACCAUAACGAUGUGAAAGAGCAGACCUUCGCGCUUCUGCAAGCUUGGUCCCAGAGACAAGGUUUACAUGGAGCCUACCCAGCUCUCAUCAAAAAUCUUCGUCACAUGAAUGAAAUUAGAACAGCAGACGAGAUCCAGAAAAUUAUUGAGAAAGAAGCAAUAGCUCAGCCAUAGACUGAAUGGGAGUUGUGAACUAAAAAUGCACAUUCAUAUUUCAUAUUGUGAAAACAGUUUGAAAAUACCAGCAGCAGAAUUUUAAUUUCUUUACUUGUCUAUAUGAUGUUGAUCAGUUAAAACUAAAAUUCUAGAUAUGAAUUGUUUGCUAUAGAUUUGGUCAUUGACAGCUGGCAGCAUAAUAACCAAAAACAGGUCAUUUUAGACUGAUCUGUAAACAAAGUCAAACAGUUCAAGUCAUUCACUUUUAUUUUGGUGUCAAAUGUCCUUUUCUCUCAGUAUACCUCCACCCUGAAUUUAUUUAGUAAUUUAAAGGAACACUCCACUAUUUUUGAAAACAGGCUCAUUUUCCAA